CAGGUUUUGAAGCAUAAAUUCACGCGUGCCUUUGACACUGUAUUGCGUCUCGAGAACGCGGCUAAAGAGGUGCCCAUUUGUUGAUAUACGGCAUCGGAUUCAGUCUUCAGAUGCAAAUCAUUGGGGAACAGCAGAAGCGUCUGCGUUUAUCUGCAGUAUUGUCAGGUUACGAUAUCCGGCAUCCGCUAAACGAAGAAACUCCCUUCUAGGGUUAGGGUUUUCUUAAGCUCGCCGCUCUCUUUUCUCCUUCUCUUUCGUCUUCGGAACUCUCUCUUUCCUCGAUAUCUCGACGACGGGCGAGUUCUCGAGCCUCUUUCAUUUCGGUAUCGGAAUUCUCUGUCACGCUUGUAGUCAUGCCGAAGCAAAUUAGUGAAAUCAAGGACUUUCUCUUGACGGCGCGGCGUAAGGACGCCCGCUCCGUCAAGAUCAAAAGAGGAAAGGACGUCGUUAAGUUCAAAGUCCGAUGCAAGAGGUACCUCUACACUUUGAGUGUCCACGAUCACGAUAAAGCCGACAAGCUCAAGCAAUCUCUACCCCCAGGUUUGACCGUACACGACCUUUGAUUGGACAAACAGCUGUAGGACCCUUUAGUCGCCGUUGUGAAGCCGAACUCGGUAGGAACGGCAUUGGCUCAGGGAGUGACUUGUUACACGUCCAUGCGAUGGUUAUUGUGACCGUUUACAGGUUAUUAGUAGCGGUUACGAUGAAACACUCGUAGAGUUGCUACCAGCUAGAGGGCGAGGAGCCCACUGUAGCGCAGAUGUUCAAAUCCAGUAUCUGGUCUCUAUUUAAUUUUUGAUAAUAUCAUUGCACUACGCCUGUGUGGACUCCGAAUUCACUGAGUACUCAAGCAGGGUAGAAACCCUGAGAGAAGCAGAGAUCUAUUGUUGAUACACACUGGCCUGGCCAACCAUAUACGAAAUUUAAGUCGGAAGAGUUUCGGCCCUUAUCCUUGGCCAUCGAGUAAGUUUUCUCCCCAUCACUUCGCUCCAUGAGAAUGCAUCAGGGCCGUAGGUCAUUCCACAAAUUCAGUAUGUGAAUGAUUUUUGCACCGCACCAAGAACGUUU